AGAGAAGGGAAUGCGGCUACAGCCAUGUCCCAGCGUUUUUAUACACGAAAAAUUCUGAUUGCGGCGCCAUUUUUUCGGUGAUCAAGUGAUCAAGCUCCUUCCGCCUUGGGGUUAGGGCCUAUUGCCGCUGACGACAACAGCGGCCUCUGCGCAUUUGGAAUUCGCGACCUCUCUCUAUAUACACGCUCUGCCUCAAUUCCCGCGCAUCUAUAUCACUGUCAUUUCGAAAUGAUAACUUUGCCUCGCAAAUCGUUGGAGAAGCACAAUGUGCCCGAAGGUCGAGGCCGGCAACACCAAAGAGGUGCUGCUGAACCCGCUGGUGGUUAGCCGUAACGAGAACGAGCAGGUCCUGAUUGAGAGCAGCAUCAACUCGGUGCGCGUCAGCAUAAAGAUCAAGCAGGCCGACGACAUUGAGCGCAUUCUGGCCCACCAGUUCACGCGCUUCCUGAUGCUGCGUGCAGAGAGCUUCAUUAUCCUCAGGCGCGUGCCCAUCAAGGGAUACGACAUUUCGUUCCUGAUCACAAACUUCCAUACCGAGCAGAUGUACAAGCACAAGCUCGUUGACUUCAUCAUCGAGUUCAUGGAGGAGGUCGACAAGGAGAUCAGCGAGAUGAAGCUCAGCCUCAACGCCAGGGCGCGCAUUGUCGCAGAGACCUAUCUGUCGCAAUUUGUGUAAUCACUCUUUUCACGACUAUCCACAUAUAUCGCAAAUGAACUGGAUAUCAUAGGCACAGAAU